AUGACAAUGAUGGCUGCUGCAUUCGGAGACGUUCGAACCCUUCCCAAAACCCAUACUGAACUUUUUGUGAUAAUGAUCUACUUUACUGUCGGAAUUGCUCUUUGGGGUGGAAUAUUUGUCCUCCUCACAGGCUACAUAACCGACACCUUUGUCAAAAAAUGUCAGACAUUUCUACGUUGGACGGUACGACGCUAUUACAUGCUAAAAUACAGGCAAAAUGAGAGCAAUUGACGACAUUUGAAGAAACAUUUGAUUUUAUUGUGCAUAAAUAUUAUUUUGAUACCACUUCGAGGCCAUUAUGAAAGGAAGGAAUAAAGAAAUAAAUAUGUAGAAAAUAUGUAGAAUCCAAUGACCGGUAAUGGGGAAUCUCAAAAAAAUAAAUAAAAGGCUAAAAAUAAAAAUUAGUAAAAAAGUUUGAAUAUGCAAAUUUCGAGCCUCCAAUUUUUUUUUCUUUGUCAACCGCCCAUUCGAUGGUCAUCCGAGAUGACCGGCCGGCUCUUUCUAUGGGCAGUUCUCCUGCAAAAUUUUUCCGUCCAGGCCCUUCAUUAUUCUGACGUGAUGACUUCGAAGCUGGACCACAUGACAAGAAGUAUGGACACGACUGCUGAUCCUUGCAAUGAUUUCUUCACCUAUGCUGCCGGAAAUUUUGACCUAAAUCAAAUUGUUAAGAUUAAUCUUUUCCUCAAGAAAAGUCUACCGCAAUCAGACGUUGGAGAUCAGGUAGGACUUAGAUCGAGUAUGACAAACGCUUUUCGAUCUUGAUUUACUUGUUUUUUAGUCUAUAAGGUCAUUUUUUUAAUUUCAGAUCCUAACCGUCCAGGAAGUUAAGGCGUUCUUCUCCUAUUGCUUGACGAAUACCGCCAUAAUGGAAGAACCGAUCCGUCCAGAAAAAUACAAUCUGCAAGUGACCAGUUGGAAACUGAACAAUUUUACCUUUCCAAUGAAGAACGAAGUUAUCGCCAAUAACGACGACUUUUUUAUCGAGCUAGUCUUGGAAAUGUACGUUUGUCUGUUUUAUUCGGGAGCCCCGAUUUUUAACCAAUGGGGUUCCGAUGCUUCUGCGGGGAAAUUAUUUCUGAAUAUUCCACCCAAGGUCAACCAAGAACAAGCUUGGUAAGUUAUUUGUGCAUCACAUGAACAUAUUAAUAUGUCUGGAAAAUAACGACUUAUUAAUACUGUGGAUCGGGGUUGAUUGAAUAUAUAUGGUAACUUUCAGGCAGAAGUACUGCAAUGUCACUGGAGGAUGUGCUAAUCUGGUCUACGACCGGAAUUACAUGGCACAAGGUUACGUACAGGCAGAUCAUUUAAAAGGCCGCUUCUUCAACAAAACUAUGGGGACAAGAUUAGACGAAACUUUCCCGGAUAUUGCUUUUUAUUUUCCGAACGUCAUAGAUGUAAGUUUUUGGGUUUUGCCUUCUGGCCCAAGGCAACCUUAUGUCUGAAAAUAAAACUGCUUUUUGCCGGACAAGACACAGCUCGGGCACAGCUUAAAGCAAGGCAAGAAAACAUUGAUGAAGGUGCACGAUCCCCACGGCUUUUUUGAGCUGCGCCCGAGCAGUUUUUGCCAACUUUCAAUUAGUCGUAACUCGUUCCUAUCAAGUUCCCUUCUGUCUGUCUAGCAAAACACUGCAAGCGUUUAAACUACACGUAAAAUUCCAGAUAUUCAAACUUCUUUUGAUUCCGUUAGGCUUCCCGUUUCUUCCUGCAGCUUGCGAAGAAAAGAAAAAUUAUAAACGAUGACUUUUUUCAGCCCAGCCAGUCUGCUCAUCGUGCCAACUUUCUGAAUCAUCUAAUGGAGUAUUUUACCGAUCAAAUUCACCGCCCGAAAAAGUUUUACAACUGUGAAGAUUACAUUCAAGAGGCGUUUCCCCUUCAAUUUUCCAAAAUGGCGUACGAAUUUGAGGUAAAACAAGACAAGGCGGGAUUUGAGAAGCUGAAGGCAAAAUUCUUCGAAGAAGGAAAUGCGAUUAAGAAAACCGCUGAAGGCAUGCUCCGAAACGCAAACUUCAAGCAGAAUCAGACCCGACAGAACUAUCUGGACAGAUUGGCGAAGAAUGAGUUCAAAUUUGUGGAUCAUCCAAUUCUUUUGGGAGAUGAGCUAGCUUCAGUGGAACUGUUGUAUUGGGAUGCACCGUAUAUGAGGAGAUUUGUGAAUGGAAUAGCCAAGGUUUUCAAGUUCAACUCGGAGAAAAAGCUGAAAAAUUUUGUCAUCCCAGAGUACAAGGUAAGUCUAUUCGUAAUUUGAAGUAAACAUUUAGGUAAUGCGUUUUCUGACAUAAUAUUCCAACAGAAUACUUUUUUAGGGUACGUCCGAGCCUUGAAUUGGCAUUCUUUUUUAGCUAGCUCUCGGGCUUCGUACUUCUUCUGAGACCUUGUUCAAGUCUGCAAAAAUACAAUCGCUUAGUUUUGCAAUCUUUUUUGAGCAACAUUAGUUCAAAACCGUUUCUUCUAACUAAGAUAUAGUAUAAGAAAAAUAGUAAUUUUUUCUAUUUUUUCGGGAAUAAAAUGUUGAUAUUUUAUCUUCAGUUUGGUGCUUCCCACUCUCGAGAGAACCAGCACAAUUACUUUCACUUUCGCACUGUUGAAUAUCCAUACUACGAUAUCGACUUUCCCGCGUCUCUCGAUUUCUCUGGAACAGGGUUUGUGAUGGCCCAUGAAUUAGCCCAUACUUUCGGCAAGUGAUGAAAUUUACCCUCGUCUGUUAGAUUUAAUUCCUUUAAAAAUCGUGUACUACGUUCGCUUUAAAUUUUAAUUUUUGAAGGCAACCAGGUUAGGGCUGGUACUAAAUGCAAAUAAAAUUUUCUUAAUUUCCCGUUUUUUAGGAGAUAAUUUGCUACAAAGUCAUGAGGACCCGGACAAGGAGCAUCGUGCUCGGUGGGACUGUAUUACAAAGCUCUAUAGUCAACAAUGUGAUCCACAAAGACCGGACUUCUGUGUGAAUCCCAACAAAAUCGCCGACGAGGCAUUUGCGGAUCAAGUUGGUGAGUAUUAGCUGCAAUACUGGACAAAAGUUCCUGGGGCAGUUAUUCCCCCUAGAAGUUAACCGAAUCAGCCCGGGCGCCACUCGGAAAAUAGUCGUGAAAUUUUGCGUAAUUGAGCUGCCGGUUUUUUUUUGUAUCCCGACUGCGUCGAGCUUCUGUUCGUCAGUCUAGUGCCCAAAGCACGCCGAUUUAUUUUCCUCACAAGGGAAGUACUUUUAUGGGGGCUCCAACUUUUAUGGUUAGACGGGAUUUUUGUCACAGGUAUUUUUGUGAGCUGCGCCCUUGUUUUAUGAAAAUGUUGUUGCCAUUUUAUACAAAGGAUGUGCAUGAAGCCUGCAGGCGUGCAAAUCACGUUACAAGUUAAGCUAUGCAACCUUUCUUGAGCAACUUUACGUUUUUCCAUUUUCAUUCUGCAGCUGCGGAAAAAGGGAAAUUUUUUUUUGAGAGUAAGCCCCAAAACAAGUCGUCCACACGUUUUAUACUUACCUCAAUGUCGUUUUAGGUAUUCGUCUGGCCUAUUUUUCAAAUUUCGUCCCUGGAAAUAUUUCGGAGCCCCGAAUAAUUCAACAGUUCUCCAACAGGCAACUUUUUUUCAUCAACAUGGCCCAGACCAUUGCGGCGACGGGGCGUUGGAAAGACUACAAUGUAGCGAAUCCCCAUCCGCCAGCUCGAGUUCGUGUUUGGGGAGCCCUUGCCAAUUUUAAAGGAUUUGCCGAGGCUUUUCGUUGCCCUGUUGGUUCGAGGUAUCACCUUCCAGCGGACCAACGAUGCAAUAUCUUCGACUUUGACAUCGAUAGCACAACUACCACGACGACGACAGCUACGACCACAACUACAACGGCCACUACAACAACGGCUACAACAACUACUACAACGACUACAUUAAUUACAACAACGGCUGCAACGACGACUAUACCAACUACUACUGCAGUGGCUACAGAAAUUACAACGCCUGCUGCUACAACGACUACACCAACUACCAUUGAAGCAACUGCUGCGACGACUACAGAAACUAUAACAACGACUAUACCAGCUACCACUGCAACGACUACAGAAACUACUGAGGAAGCUACUACAACAAUAACUACAGAAAAUGCUACAACUAGCACUGCAGCGCAUCACGAACCAGUUGUAACUGAAGGAACUCAUCAUGCCAGUACGAACACUCCACCGGCCCCUGGACCAACCAAAUCAACUCCGAAUCCACAUACGACUACUACGCAAUCUACACCAAGAACUACUCCUUCUACGCCAAGAACCACUCCCCCUAUGCCAAGAACAACUCCCUCUGGGACAAAAACUACCCCUUCUACGCCAAGAACUACUCCUUCUACGCCAAGAACUACUCCCUCUAAGCCAAGAACUACGCCCACUCCAUCUUCACCGGAACCAGACUAUAACCACGAAGAAUAUGGAGAAGUUGUCCCCAAAAACUCGAUUCUAUUGUCACCGCCGUCUGUCUUAUAUCCCAUACUGGCAUUUGCAUAUAUUAUGUUCCAAUAA